GAGGACAAUGCAGAUCCCUGGAGCUCACGUGGGACAACUACCGUCACUGAAUCCAGCUCGACUGAUCCGUUUGAUCCAUAUCCGAUAGGGACCACAUCCCUUAACAGCUCCUCUGACCUGCUCCAGCCCCUUGCAGAUAUUUCCAUCAACAGUGCACCAACCACUUCGAUGGAGAACAAAGAUCCAAGUCCAGAAAUAAACAUGAGCAGUAAAGCCCUGAAAUCCCUUUCAGACGACGUCAUCCCCAUCAACACUGACAGCACAAGUCUCAGCACUCAGCGGCAAUGGGCACACACAUGGGAAUCCAGCGUGCCUCAGCCGACUAACACAGAAGAGAGCCAAGAGCCUGAAAUGGAAGGCCAAGCUGAAGAUCAACAGACGCUGAUCAUGUUUGAGAGAAAGUCCAAUGAGAAUGACUCCCCAUGGGACAGGUGGACAUCACCCACUGUCUAUACUAUCACUACCACUACAGGAGAGGAGGAGGAGGAGGAGGAGGAGGAGGAGGAGGAGGAGGAAGAGCAAAGCCCAGAGGAUACACAGACAGAGACAGACACAGACGUCGCCACUAUCAGGGAGAUACGCAGUGAGCCAGACCCUGCUAUGGAUCGGUCCGUGAUAGAAGACGACCACCGUGUCCAAACAACAGAACCUGAGACCAAAAAGGGGUUUGUAUAUGUGAAGGAGUAUGUCAAUGCAACAGAGACGUCCUCGUAUAAUGCCAGAGACACAUGCAAUAGUGGGUCAUCAAACUCUUACAGUUACUCUUCCAGCAGCCCCUCCACUUAUUCCAGCGGCUCACUGUCAUCCACCUGUACAUACUGCGGACAGCAGGUGGGCAAUGACGCCAAGAUCACCAUUGAGCACCUCAAUAUCAACUGUCACCCCACCUGCUUCAAGUGUGGUGUGUGUAGUAAGCCUAUGGGAGACCUGCUCUACAGUAUGUUCCUACAUGGUGGGAAAGUCCACUGCGAGAGCUGCUACUCCAAAGCUUUCGACUGAUUAUCAAAGCUCCUCAGCAGCCUCUUAUCCUCAUCCCCUUCACUUCAUGUUCAUUUGCAUAUAAAGUGAGAACUUGUCUUUUGCAAAGUUUUGACUGUGUUCAGUUUGAACUUUGCUGUGGUUUAGGGCGAUUACAGAGACCAUUACAUUGAACAAUAUGAUUUCUUAAUGUUGAAUGUUACAUGAGGUUAAAUUUCUAAUUUCUCAAACAUGUUAUACAAGCUUGUGUUGUUUUUUUUUUUCCUGAUGGUGAAAGCUGUAUCUGCCGCAGUAGAUCAUGAAGGAUAUGUCCGUACUAUAUGAUGCGAUACAUAUAACUGUGAACAGACUAAUACUGGCAAGUGGGGUACACUAUUAUAAUUAAGCAACAGUAGUUAUGUAAGAAAAUGACUUUGUUACAAAAUGUUUACUUCCUUUGUUCUUCUUUACACAAAACAG